AUAAAAAUCCCCCAGAAACAGAAAAAAGCAGAGUGCUCUGCUGAAUUAACUGAAGAUGUGUGCAACAAGAGGAGCUUGGAUCGCAGCGGUUAGUGUUGGAGCUGUUGAGGCUUUGAAAGAUCAAGGCUUCUGCAGAUGGAGUUAUACCAUGAGGUCUUUGAUCCAGCAUGCCAAGAACAAUAUGAGAUCAUUCUUACAAGCCAAGGAACUCUCUUCUUCUUCUUCUGCUAUGGUUUUGAACAAAAUGAAUUCUGAACAGAAGAACCAAGCUGAGGAUUCUCUAAGAAAAGUCAUGUACUUGAGCUGUUGGGGUCCUUAUUGAAAUCCCUCCAACAUUAUAGGUAGUUGAGGAUGUACCACUUAGAUUUUAUUUUUGAAACUGAGUUUAAGCUGUAUAUACAUGAUUUGAAUGUAUAUUUUCCCAACCCAACAACAAGAAAAUCCCAGAUUUUGAUGUUUACCAAUGAACAUGAACGUUGGUUUUUCAGUCAAA